UAGUCCACCCGACCGGCUACUAUGCAGUUAAAGAUACAGAUUGAUCAAAUAGGCUCCAAGUUUAUGUGAACUGUUUUUCAAGAUUUACUAUCUUUGUGAAAACAUACACACGCGCCCUCUAGGAUGGCAGUCAGCAUAAUAAAUAAGUCAGAGGAACACAAUGCAAGGAGAGACAGGUCAGCCUGACCCAAUGUGCUCAGGCAAGGAAUCUUCAACUUAGCAGGGCACGUUCACAGCACAUCUACAAUGCAAGAAACAUAACUGACUAUUGGUAUAUAUCUAUAACAGACAACCUUCUCAAGCUCUCCUAUGAGAUUUAGAAUUGUGAAUGUACCAUAUACCUUCUAUACCUUCAGUAGAUCAUAAAACCUCAUUCACAUAUGAUCUCUGUAGACCUAUAUGACAGUAUGAUAUGGUGAUGUGACUGCAUUUAUACAACAUGGCCACAGCCAUAGGUCUUAUGGGGUACUGUAACACCAUCUAGGAUAGCGGGGGGUGGCUCUGUCACCCAAUCCUUCUCAGGGUGGCUCAGCUCCUCCCCUCCUUACCUACUCAGGUGUCCCUUUGUGCUUCUGGUGCUCUCCCCACAUCAGUCUCCAGGACACUGAGAAGUAAAGGACCCUCAGGCUUUCCCUGAGUAUCUGCCCACUGCCCACACUCGCUUCUGCUGUCCUCACUUACUGUCUUCAGUUUGAUCUCUUUCUACUCCUCUCCCAUGGCUCCAAUUCAAAACAUCUGAUGAUGGCCUGCGUAUUGAUCCAUGACUGAGCCACAGCUUUCCCCUGGGGGAGAUGAGGAAGCAGCUGGACCUGCUCUCAGUGGCACCGUGGAGGAGCAGGACCCUGCGGUGCAGGCGGUGCGGCCUGGCAGUGCACGGAUUGAGCUGCUGUCAGUGACCGAUGAGGACCUUCCUGCCGUUGAGACCCUGCCCGCUGUCAAAGGAAACAUCUUUAGCGGACCAGCCCCGGAUCCUGCCCCAGCUGCUGAUGCUGCCACAGAAGCCCAGAAUUCAGCAGAAGCCCCCAGCUCGACUGGUCCUGCCAUGCCCAUCACAAAAGUCCAGCCAUUUUUAGAUGAAAAUGAGCAGGCAGAGGAGAAGACGCUGCGGGGCCGCCUGCUGGCGCACAGGGUCGAGCUGCUCAUCGGCGCCUGUCUGCUGCUGGUGCUCUGCCUGGCCGUCGGCAUCGGGGUGGGAGUGGGUCUCAGCUGCACAGGGAAGUUUCGCUGUGGCUCCUCAUCCAGGUGCAUCAGCAGCUCUGCACAGUGUGAUGGUGCUGUGGACUGCGAGCAUGGAGAGGAUGAGCUUCUCUGUGUUCGUCUGAGCGGGAAGAGCUCUGUGCUGCAAGUGCUGAGUGGGGGGGUGUGGAGGACUGUGUGCUCUGAGGACUGGACCCCCACCCUGGGCCUCUCCGCCUGCAGACAGCUGGGUUACCCCAGGUACGUGGAGUCCAAUUAUCUCCCACUUUCCUCCAUUGAGGAGGACCUCCAAAACCAUCUAGUGUCCAUUAACCCCAGUCAGUUGAGUCCCCAGCAAGCCAUCAAGAUCCACAAUGCCACUGGCAUCAGUAAGACUCACUGCAGUUCAGUGACCUCACUCAAAUGUCUGGAUUGCGGUUACCGGCCUAGCUACAGCCCCCGCAUUGUGGGUGGAAACCUGUCUGCUGAAGGCCAGUUCCCCUGGCAGGUGAGCCUGCACUUCCAGAGGGAGCAUCUGUGUGGAGGCUCCAUUGUGGCCCCACGGUGGGUCCUCACGGCCGCACACUGCGUCUAUGGAUUUGCAUACCCAACGCUGUGGGCUGUGGUGGUCGGGAUGAUGGAGCAGCCAGUGAACGGGGCACAGUACCUCUCAGUGGAGAAGAUUUUCUACCAUAGCCGCUACCGGCCCAAGGGCCUGGAUUAUGACAUUGCCCUCAUGAAACUGGUCAAGCCACUCCUGUUCAAUGGAGUGGUUGAGCCAAUCUGCCUGCCUAACUUUGGGGAGGAGUUUGAGGAUGGCAAGAUGUGCUGGAUCUCAGGCUGGGGGGCCACAGAGGAUGGGGGUGAGGCUAGCAUCUCACUGCACUCUGCAAGUGUGCCAUUGCUCUCCAACAAGGCGUGCAGCCAGCCUGGUGUAUACCAGGGUUUCAUCUCUCCCUGGAUGAUCUGCGCCGGCUACCUGGAGGGGGGCAUCGACUCCUGCCAGGGGGACAGCGGAGGCCCCCUGGCCUGUGAGGACUCCUCGGUGUGGAAGCUGGUGGGGGUCACAAGCUGGGGCCAGGGCUGUGCGGAGCGAAACAAGCCUGGAGUGUACACCCGCAUCAGCCAGGCCCUGACCUGGAUCCAUGAGCAGAUGGAGAGAGAAGAGGCUUUGAACCCUGAAAUAGUCAGUACUGACCACUGAAGAGGACUCACAGGCAUACUUAUUUAAAUUUUUACAUUUUUCUAUGGUUAUGUCUAUAAACUCAUUCUGUGCUUCUCCAUUAUCCUGCUACUUUUGUCAUCUAACAAAAAAAAUGACUGAUGUGAUGCUGUUUUUUUUACUUCCUGAUUAUUUAUUUAUUAGCUAACCUAUGGAAUAAAUUUUUACUUAAAAUGUAUUCUUUGAACAUUAUUAAAAGAUUUAGUACUG